AUGCCGUUUACCGCUUCCGAUGGGACCGAGUUCGAAGACCGCGACGAGUGGCGCAAGUACGAGUUCGCGACCAACUUUACCUUCAAGGCCAAGAAGGACGAGACCUUGAUGAAGCUGCCGGGGCAGAUCGCCGGGCAACCGUUUGACAUUGCGGAUCUCGAAGGCUGCCAAGUGCUCUUGCUCGACCAUUGCGACCAAGUGCAGAUCGACAACCUCGUCAACUGCCGCGUCUUUAUCGGCCCGUCGUCCGAGUCGGUGUUUGUGCGCAACUGCACCAACUGCGUCUUUACCGUGGCCUGCAAGCAGCUCCGGACACGCGACUGCUCGCAGUGCCAUCUUUUUUUGUACUCGCUCACGGACCCGAUCAUCGAGACGUCGACGCAAAUGGUGUUUGCGCCCUUCAACGGCGCGUACCACGGCCUCCGGAGCCACUUUGCCUCGGCGAACCUCGAGCCCGAGAACAACCAUUGGGCCAACGUGUACGACUUCAACGACCCGGACAAGACGGGCGAGAACUGGCGCCUCGUCCAAGACGCGGUCGAGCCGUGGGUCAUUCCGCUCGAGCAGCUCGUGGCCGACGCGGAGGCGUUUGGGCCAUGCGAGAACCCCGUGCCUGCGAACGCAACACCGAUUACGCAUGCCGAGGACCCGUCGCUGCAGUCGUUCUCGAUCGACACCUCCCAGCAAGAUGCGCAAGCGCACAUUGAAGCUGUCGCCGAAUCGACGCAACACGACGAGAGCGUCGACGGGUUCGUGCCGUCGUCGGACGACAGUGCGCAGUUUUACGACGAAGCGCCGUCGCCGCCGAGCAGCACAUUUAACGACCCGCCGCCCGCGCCGAUCGAGUCGCAGCCCGUGCCUGUCGAAGGCUACUCGAGUAAGCCCGGCGCGUACUCGUCACAGCCCAAGGCGGCCGCGUACACUUCGCAGCCCAAAGCGGCUGCCUACACGUCGCAGCCCAAGGCCGAAGCAUACUCGUCGCAGCCCAAGGACGGCGGGUUCACCUCGAUGCCCGACCCGCAGCAGAACUGGCCGAUGCUGGAUGAAUUUGAGCAAAAGCAGGCGGCCGAGGUCGAAGAGAAGCGCGUGAAGGAAGAGGCGCUCAUCAAGGAAGUCCGCGCCAAGGCCGAAGAGGAUCUCGACAAGUACUAUGGCGACCGUACCGACAAGCUCGCCCACCGCGCCGCGACCAACCGAGAGCACGAAGAGCAGAAGAAGCAAACGCAAGCCGCGCUCGCGGCCGCGUCGUCCGAGCAACCGUGGAACCGUGUGACGGACCUCGUCGAUAUGUCGGCGCCGGCCAAGAUCAAGACGGACGCCGAAAAGAAAAAGAAGGACGACGUCGAUCUCCUUGACACGACGCGCAUGCGCAGCCUCCUCGUGCAGCUCAAGAACACGGGCGGCCCCGAGACGAUCCGCGCCCAAGGCUAG